UUAGGAAAUUCCUCCUUAGUUCCAGCUCGCUUCUCUUCUCAAUUAGUUUCUAUCCGUUGUUUCUCUGGUGCUUUGGAGAAUAAGUGGAGCCCCCCCCUUUUCGGGGCAGCCCCCCCAAAUACUGGGAGAAUUUUAUCAUGUACUUCUUUUCUUCAGACUGGCCAAACCCAAAUCCUGCAGCCGUUUUUUGUAUGUUUUAGUCUCCGGGCCUCAAUCUCAACAUCUUUUUUUGGAAUGUGGCGACCACAACUAGAUGUGGUAAUCUUGGUGUGGCCUUACUAAAGGUUUACAAAGCGGUACAACUCCUUCCCGUGGACCUCAGCUGUACCCUUCUGUGAAAUGGGCCUCCGUAUGGCCUAGGUAAAGAUUCAUAAUCAUUUACUGGCCGGAUGCCCUUCCUGUCGCCAAUGUGGAGUUAUAUUCAGCAGAUUAUAUUCUCAACGGGCCCAGAGAGAGAAAUAUCUGCCUCUCCCUAGGAUUGAACUCAUAACGUCCUGAUAGUGAAGGGAGAGCUCCACCUCUAGGCCGCCACACCACUCGCGUAGGUAAGGAUUGAUCCUUGCUGAACUUAUCCCAUAUUCAUUUCAAAUGCUUUGACGACACUUCGAUUGCCACGAAAUACAUAACUCGGAGAAAUCCUCGGCCAAGUGCCAAAUUCCUCUAACAGACGUUGGGCUGGUUCUCGGGCUUGCGACCGCCAUCGAACCCAUGCUUUCCGUUGCUGUGUCUCAGGUCCAGUUUUGGCCUCCUUUUCUGGCCUUUUCGGCUGCCGUCAUUCAUGCAAACCGCCACACUCAGUUUCCCUGUUUGGCUUUUAAUAAAUAAAUCCAUAAAUGGUGGGGGAGGGGGGGAAACCAAGGUUGCAGCCUGUCUCCCACUUAUGACCAUUCCAAGUUACGACUGCACUGAAAAAUGAGAAUUGGAACCCAGGUCCGAAAUUCUGAUGCUCGGCCCCCUCAGCUGUACAUGUUUUGUGUGUUCGACCACACAACCCACAAUUACAGCCCUCGCUUCUGCUUUGCACCCAUGCUGUUGUGCCCGUCGCACACGAUGGGCUUGCCCUUGUGACCUGUGGGUUCACUUAAGGACUGGGUUUAUGUGGUCCGUCGCGUGAUUGGCCAAUUUUAUGAGCGUCACAACUUAAUGACAGCAAUGGAUUGGCUCCAUUACAGUCAUUGGUGAAGGAUAUGUGAUAAAAAAAGUGUUAAUAAAAGACAAUGAGUAGUCCUCAGUUUAUGACCACCAUUUCUACCACUAAGCAAGACUGUUGUUAAGUGGGUUUGUCCCCCAUUUUACGGCCUGGCUGUCUCCCGUUCUUAAGUGAAUCAUUCCUGUGGGUAAGUUUGUUCCAUUUUCGUUAAGCGAAUCAGGCUUCCUCGUGGAUUGCGCUUUGCCAGAAGGUCACAAAAGGGGAUCACCUGACCCCGGGACCCUACAACCGUCGUAAAUACAGGAACUGGAUCAUUUCGGUCUGCCAGAGAUGUUCUCCCUGAAUUCAUGUAGAAGAGAAACCAGAGAUUUGCUGAAGGAAUUCCCACAGCCGAAAAACCUUCUCAACAGCGUCAUCGGACGAGCCCUUGGUAUCUCCCAUGCCAGAGACAAAUUAAUCUACAUCCAUUCCAACGGGCCACGGAAAAAGAAAGUCACGCUGCUCAUCAAGUGGCCCAAAAAUGUCGAAGUGGAAGGCUAUGGGACCAAGAAGAUCGACGCAGAGAGGCAGGCGGCCGCCGCUGCUUGCCAGCUCUUCAAGGGUUGGGGCCUGCUGGGACCCCGAAACGAGCUCUUUGACGCUGCCAAGUACCGGAUUCUGGCCGAGCAGCUGGGCUGCGCCGAGAAGAAGUGGUUUGCCGAAAGCCACUGGCGCUCCAAAUCCGGGCCUUCCCUGGCUGACCUUUCGACCUGCUGGCGACGGAUGGAGCCCGAAGACCCUGUCCAGCCCCUGGAGCACAGCCCCCUCUCCAAACCCCUCCGAAACGAAGAGCUGGAGGAGGGGGAACUGGAGGAGGGGGAGCUGGAGGAGGGGGAGCUGGAAGAAGACACCAUCGACCUUCACAACGGUCUCUCCAUGGCGCGGCCAGGUGCUCAGACGCCGCCCAGAGAGUUCAGGGACGCGUUCUCGAUGGAAAUGACCGACGACAAUACUGCCCUGCGUGCCCUGACUCAGUUUCCCCUGCCGAAAAACCUCCUAGCCCAGGUCAUCCAGAUCGCCACAUCGUCUUCCACCGUCAAGGAGUACAUGCAGUUCCGCACCGUUGGCACCAAAAUCAAGAUCUGCAAACUGACGUUACGCUGGCCCUGCCCGAUGACCUUCGCCGCCAAGGGACGUCGCAAAGUGGAAGCAGAGAACAAGGCCGCUGCCCUGGCAUGUCAGAAGCUCAAGAGUCUCGGUUUAGUUGACAAGAACAACAAUCCGUUGAGCCAUGCCAUGUACAACAUGACGUCCCUACGGGAGCUGGGGGAGAACCAGAGGAAGCCCUGCCACAUCAAAGUCCCCGAAGCCACGCUACGCAAGAUCGAGAACUACUUGAACCACUACCCCGUCGACUCCCGAGACUCUCGACCGCCCCGGCUGACAGACGAUGUAAUGAACCUGAGUAAGGAGAGUGGCGGCGCCCUGAGCGAUGCCAUCACGGGCAAAACCUACAUCCCGCUCUCCGAAUCGGAAGAGGUCCGUCUCAGCCAGAACCUCCUGGCGCUCUGGAAACGGCGGGGGAGCCUGUGGCAGGAUAGCCACCCACUCCCCGUGGACUCCCACAAGGAAGCCAUCCUCUCGGCCGUGGAGCAGCACCCAGUGGUGGUGAUCGCCGGCGAUACUGGCUGCGGGAAAACCACCCGUAUCCCCCAGUUGCUGCUUGAACACUUCAUCCUGGAAGGCCGCGGCGCCCAGUGCAACAUGGUGGUUACCCAGCCCCGUCGGAUCAGCGCCAUUUCUGUGGCCCAGCGCGUGGCCCAAGAGCUGGGGCCCAGCAUGCGGCGGAAUGUCGGAUACCAGGUGCGGCUGGAGAGCAAGCCGCCAUCCCGUGGGGGCGCCGUGCUCUUCUGCACCGUGGGCAUCCUGUUGCGGAAACUGCAAGGCAACCCCCGGCUGGAAGGGGUCAGCCACGUGAUCGUAGACGAGGUCCACGAGCGGGAUGUCAACACCGACUUCCUGCUCAUCCUCCUGAAGGGAAUUCAGAAGCAGAACCGGCAGCUGCGCCUGGUGCUGAUGAGCGCCACGGGGGACAACCAACGUUUCUCGCAGUAUUUUGGGGACUGUCCUGUGGUCAAAGUGCCAGGUUUCAUGUAUCCGGUCAAAGAAUACUACCUGGAGGACAUUAUGUCCAUGGUCGGCCGACAUCGUCACUACGAGAUCAAGCAAUCGGACGACGAAUGCAUCGUGGACCUUGAGCUGAUUGCCGAUCUCGUCCUUCAGAUCGAUGCCCACGGUGAACCAGGUGGCAUCCUCUGCUUCCUUCCGGGCUGGCAGGAAAUUAAAGGGGUCCAGCAACGUCUUUUGGAAAUCCUGGGGUCUCACAACAGCCGCUACCUUAUCUUACCAGUUCAUUCCAAUAUCCCAAUGAUGGACCAGCAGAGCAUCUUCCCCCGGCCUCCCACCGGCGUGCGAAAAAUCGUCCUGGCCACCAACAUUGCCGAGACCUCCAUCACCAUCAAUGACAUCGUGCACGUUGUGGACAGCGGGACCCACAAGGAGGAACGCUACGAUCUGAAAACCAAGGUUUCGUGCUUGGAGACCGUCUGGGUGUCAAAAUCGAACGUCAUCCAGCGACGAGGACGGGCCGGGCGCUGCCAAUCCGGGUUCGCCUACCACCUCUUCCCUCACAGCCGCCUGGACCGCAUGCCCACCUACCAAGUGCCCGAAAUCCUGCGCACGCCCCUGGAGAACCUGGUGGUACAAACCAAGAUCCACCAGCCAGAGAAGACGGCUGUCGAGUUCCUCUCCAAAGCCCUGGACAGCCCCGACAUCAAAGCUGUGGACGAGGCCGUCAUCCUCCUGCAGGAGAUCGGAGUGCUGGAUUCCCGAGAGUCUCUGACCACGCUGGGCAAGCGCCUGGCCCAGAUCUCCACCGAUCCCCGGCUGGCCAAGGCCAUCGUGCUGGCUUCCAUCUACCGUUGCAUCCAGCCCCUCCUGCUCAUCGUCUCCUGCCUGACCCGGGACCCCUUUAGCAGCAGCCUGCAGAACCGGACGGAGGUGGACAAGGCCAAGGCCGUGCUAAGUCGAGAGAGCGGCAGCGAUCACCUGGCCUUCGUGCGGGCCGUGGCCGGUUGGGAGGACAUCCUGCGGCGCCGAGACAGCCGGGCUCGCGAUGACUAUCUGCAGGAUUACUCACUCUACGCCCCCAGUUUGCGCUUCAUCAACGGCCUCGUGAAGCAGUUUUCCGAGAACCUCUACGAAGCCUACUUAGUGCCGACUCCCUCCGACUGCCUCUUGCCAUCGUCCGUCUGCAACCAGUACAGCGAGGAGGAGGAACUGGUGAAGGGAGUCCUGAUGGCCGGGCUGUAUCCUAACCUCAUCCAGGUCCGGCAAGGGAAGGUGACCAGACAGGGAAAGUUCAAACCGAACAGCUACACGUACCGGACCAAGGCGGGGACUGUCCUGUUACAUAAAUCAACCAUCAACAGGGAGUCCUCCAAGCUGUACAGCCGUUGGCUGACCUACUUCAUGGCGGUCAAAUCUAACGGGGGUGUCUUCGUGCGCGACUCCUCGCAGGUGCAUCCACUUGCUGUGCUGCUGAUGACCGAUACGGACAUCUAUGUGCGGGACGACGGCUGGCGUGCCACCAUCUCCCUGGUGGACAGUGACCUGUUGGUGCUGGAAGGCGAUUCGUACACCAUACGGCUGCUCCGCGACUUCCGGGUGGCCCUCUCCCGGAUGGUGGAAACCUGUCUCUGCUACGAGAUGGCGGCCAUUCCCAGCGACCUCCACCACCAACACAGCCAGCUUUUGGAUAUCCUGGUGGACCUCCUGAAAGGCCCUUCUGCCAACUUCAGCGCCUAGGAUGUGGACCCGAGGACUUGUAAUUUGUACAAAGAUGUUGAGAUAUGUUUAUUUAAAUAAAGUUCUAUUUAUCCCUUGUGACACCUCUCGCUUCCCAGAGCCGGCUCAACUGUGGUUGGCGUUGCCCCACCACAGUGGGAGAGGCAGCACCCUGUUUCUUCCUCCAAGCCGUAGGCGAAGCAUGUUGGUCGCACGCCUGAAGACAGUGUGGCGCGGAUGAUCUUGGCCGUGCGUGUGACCUGACCAUACCGGGUUCACACGCAAGGAUGGAUUUUGUCCACUCCGUUGAGAACAGGGCAGCUGGUGAUCAGCUCCAGGCGCUUGGGAUGAUGACGCGAGACGAGCUGAACAUCGGGAUUCAAGAACGGUGGAGAGGGUUAGGCAGCGUUUUGAAGACUUUCAUACUCCUAUUUGUUUUGGGGGUGUUUCAUCUUGUGCUCCCUGAAUUGCUGCUUGUCCAGGUGGGGGGACCCCGCUCUCGCUAGGAUUGUCCGAGCAGGGGAAACUCAAACAGAGUCAUAACUAGGUUUCUGGAACUUGUUAUGUUUCCUGUUCAGUAGGACCAGUUCGGUGGCCUAGAAGCCCCCUCCCCCAAAACAAGGGUGAGAGGAUACAUAGCAUUCUCGCCAGCUCGUUAGCCUAUCCUCCUGCAUGCCACCUCCCAGCUUCCAUUUGGUGAGCCCGCCAGAAGUGAGACCCGGGGUGAACACCACCCGUAUCUCGCCGUAUGGGAAUAGCGCCUGUGUUCUUGUAGAUGCAUGACAUCAGAAACGUGGCUGUGGAUUGAAGGCAGCAGCAGCCAAUUGAAGGAGUACCUCAACGCCUUCCUGAGAGGACUCCUUAACCAGGGAGGGGGGCUUCUCUGGUCAAAGAUGGGAUGGUGGCGUGUAUGGGAGCAAAUGGGAAGGCUGGUCUCAUUCCGGAUGAGAGAACAAGGCUGUUUCUGACGACUGACAAAAGAGGUCAAACGUAACCUCUCGUCAGUCUACAACAGGGAUGUCAAACUCAAUUUCAUUGAGGGCUAGAGCAGGGUUGUGUUUGACUUUGGGGCGGGGGGCAGCUCCACAUCACAGGCUCUGUUUUCAGCCGCGACGGCCUCCUGUAGCAAAAACAGAGCUUGUGAGGGCUGUUUGCGGCCUCCCCAACCUCUGCUUUCGCUGACAGAGGACUGCAGGAGGCCGUGGCGGCCAAAAACUGAGCACGGUAGGGCCGCACAGAAGCACACCACGGGCCGAUCCUUCACUGUAUCCAGGGUGGUAGCGCAGACCGGAUCUAGGCACCCUGCAGGCCUCGAGUUUGACACCUGUGGUCUACAGGAACAGUCUUGUUCUCUCGUUUGGAACGAGCCUAGCCGCCUCAUUCACUCCCAUAGAUGCCAUCAUCUAGGUUUGGGCACGUAACCAUGAUUUCCGUGCAAGAAAGAGGGAGGUGGCUAUGCUCACGCGGAGUGGGGAAGGGACAGAUUGUGAGCCACAGGCCAGGUGGUAAUACUGCCCCUCUCCUGAAAUGGGGCGUUUUGACAAAUUUCGGAUGUGAAUCGGCAACCUUUUUGGGGUAGCGCAAGUCAGCUCUUUCCACUGGGAUUUCCUUGAGUGCCCCAAGGGCUGCUGGGAAUACCCUCGAAAUGUACCUGUGACUCUCAAUGCUCGGAUAGGCCAGUGGUUGUUACUUGUCCUGCAACCUUUUUACAAUCUAGAUUAAAGCUAAUAAAGGGGGAUAAAAAUCACCAUU